AUGACAAAGGAUCCGAAGAACGACAAGGGUCCAGUCAACACGCAGCAACCAGCUAAAGCCAAAUGUCCACCUGAUGGGCCGAAGCCUACACAGCUGGUGUUCUACCCAGCCCACUGGAAGAGUUUCCUCAAGGACACAAAAGAAGAGUGUCAUACCCAGCAUGCACUAGAGAACCUGUUCCCAGCUCGAGUUAAAGACUUGCCAGGCUCUGUCUCUGAGGCCCUUUUAGCUGUUCUUUACCAGUGGGAUACAGCCGGUAAACAAUUUGAACCUGAUUAUUGGCCUAUUCACAAGCCCGAUAUGGCGAAACUCAUAAGUAUAUCAUCGCCGGUCUUUUUGUUUCGCUAUUCUCUCAUACUUCCUGUCAUCCAGUUAUAUGAAGAUCUCUCAACUUGGCGCUCUGAGCUCAAGAAGAAUGUCGCUGCGAUUGCCUCAACCAUGCCUGGCCUCGUCCCCCCUGUCAAAUAUCCCACCUCAAGAACGUGCUUCGUGGGUGGAAGUUCAUUUGCAUUCUUGACAGGCCUCGCGAAAAAUGGGAACGGAAAAUCAUCCCCGAAAUUCACCGCCAAGGAAUAUCGCCCAACCUAUGCAUCUGCGCUAAAGUCGCUCCAAAACAUCAUGGAACAUCCUUAUCAUGGUCCCAAGUUGGUCGAGCAGCUCCAAUCAGUGGGCUGA